AUGCGCGUGGGAUGGCUCAGUGCCGUGCUCGGUGCAGCGCGCGUGCUCGCCGCGUCGUGCGGGCCGGGCCGCCCAUGCCCUGCGGAUGCGCCGUGCUGCUCGGCAGACGGCGAGUGUGGUGCAGGCGCCGCGCAGUGCACGAGUGGGUGCCAGCCGAUGCUGAGCCAGACGGCGACGGCGUGCGUGUCGAAUGCCGUGUGCGUGCCGAUGGACGCGGACAUCUCGCCCAGCGUGUACAAUGACGGGACUGUAUUUCGUCCGCUCCUGCAGUACAACGGCGAUGUAUCGGCGGCGCCGUUCGUGUUCGAGUCGGGCUACCUCGGCCAGGGCAGCGACGGCGUGCUCCUGGAGAUGAAUGCCGCGCACGCGUCGCGCGUCUCGACGUCCCACUACCUGCUGUAUGGCAACGUCACGGCGCGCCUGCGGCUCAAUGCGACGGCGGGCCUCGUCGCCUCGUUCGGCACGGCCUCGGACGUCGGCGACGCGAUCGCCUUUGCGAUGGGCGGAAAGAACGCAUCGCGCGUAGCGACGAACCUCGCGGCGCUGGGCCGCUCGCCCUCGGCGCUCGGCGUCGAUGCCAAGGUGCCCCGCUUCUCGCUCGGGAACUGGCACAACUACACGAUCGCGUGGACGCCGGACCGUAUCACCUGGUCGAUCGACCAAUCUACCGUGCGCACCGUGCGGCGCAGCGACGCCCCGUCGUACUUUCCUCGGACGCCGUCGCGCGUCGUCUUCACCCUGCGGGGCCUCACGCCCGGCUCGAGUAAGCGCGAGCGCCAGUGGGCCGGCGGCGUGCUCAACAUGUCCGAUGCGUCGUUCCGCGAGCGCGGCUACUACGCCCAGGAGCUCUCGCACCUCCAGGUGAAGUGCGCGGACCCUGCGCUCUCGAACGUGAGCGUGACGGGCGUGGGCAGCGACCCGAUCGCCUACUACUACACGGGGCAGAACAGCUCGGCGUCAGGGGGCCCUGCGUUCCAGCUCUCGCGCGACCAGAUCCGCCUGCUCCCUCGUCCCGCGGACAGCGGCAAGCCGGGCAUGCCUGGCUGGCCUGGCGCCUCACCCAAUGGGCCGCGGCCCAACAUGUACACGGGCGGCACCGGCCGCAGCGACCGUGCGCGCGCACCUAGCCCAUCCGGCUCGAACGGCGUCAAGAUAGGCGUGCCGCUGGGCAUCGGCCUGGCCGCUCUCGCCGGCGUACUGGCGAUCCUCACGUACUACUUCGUGCGGCGGCGCCAGCGGGCCAAGCGCCGUCCGCCGUCGUUCGUGGACCCGUUGGUGCCGGCGCCCGGCACCCAGCCACCUGACACAUACGAGUCGGCGUAUCCUCUCGCUGCGUACACGUCUGAGCUGCCCGUCUCGAUGCCCAAGGAGGACUCGCAUGAUCUCUCAUGGUCGAUGGACGGCGCCCAAGCCCAUGGCGAGCCAGGCAAGCCGUUCGCCUGGCACGAGAAUGGCUACGACGACCCAGACGCACACGCGGCCGAGGUGCUCAGCGAAGAUGCGUCGCUCGCGUCGGAGGCCCCUGCCCAUAUGCACUAUGCCGGCCACGACACCCCGCGCCUCUACGACGCACGGCUCACCGAGGCAGAGCACGAGCGCCUCGCCGCGCAGGACGCGUGGGGCGAGCGGCGCAUCGCCACCCCCGACGACGAUCCGCUGCCGUCGGACUCGUCGACCCUGGACAUGCCGUUCCGGGCGCGGCGCGGCGCGCACCGCGCUGCGUACUCGGAGGGCGGCGCGCUGGGCAAGUCCCCUACCCACACACCCACCCUCUCUGUGCACGGCGCCACGGGCUGGAAUCCGCGUGCGCGCUAUGAGUAG